AUGUCAGAAGCAGACUUCCUCACCUCCGCCUCCCCUUCUCCCUUCCCCCUCUUCCACUGUGACUACAGUGACUGGUCUCCCUCCUUCUCCAUCAUCCCCUCCGUAUACCUGCUGGCCUUCCUGGUUGGUUGCCUUGGCAACGGCCUGGUGCUGUGGGCCUACCUGGACCGAGCAGAGGGGAGGGGGACGAGGACUGGAGGCAAACCUGGGAUGGGAAAGCUCUGUUGCGCUUUCAGAACCGGUCAGCAGAAGAUUAGCGGUUCUGGUAGAUUUCAUGGCUCAUUUCCUCCAAAGAACAAGGAAAACUGUGGAUAUUCCUCAGGACAAAGCUGCAGACCCUCCUCUCACUCCUCCUCCACGUCCUCCUCUUAUCCCCCCUCCAUCCCUCGUCCCGCUCGCUCACUCACAGACUCUCUGAUAGCCAGCUUAGCGUUAGCUGACCUCUGCUUCCUCGUCACCCUCCCUCUGUGGGCGGUCUACACGGCGAUGGGCUACCACUGGCCUUUCGGGCAACCCCUCUGCCAAAUGAGCAGCUUCCUCACCGCUCUCAACAUGUAUGCCAGCGUGUUCAGCCUGAGCAUGCUCAGCGUGGAGCGGUACUGGGUUCUGACCGGACGCCGGCACUCCAGCCACCAUGCCCCACAGAGCUGCCCCAGCAGGGCUCUGUGGAUUCUUGGAGGGGUGUGGGUGCUGGCGGGGGUGCUGGCACUCCCUGGUCUGCUGCUGCGCUCUGUCAGGGAGGUGGAGGUGGAUCCUGAAUCUGAGGAUGAUUGGCAGCUAGGGCCAGUUCACCCUACUGACUCUGGAUCAGUGUUCCUCUCCUGCCAGAUGGAUUACUCCAUGCUGAUUGGAGCAGGGCUGGAGGAGACAGAUCGAGAGAGGGCAGAGAUGUGGUGGGCGGCCGCCUUGAGUCUUAAAUCAACUCUAAUUGGCUUCCUGCUACCUCUUGUCAUCCUGCUGGUCUGCUACUGCUCACUGGCCCAGCUCCUCAGCAGACAUUUUGGACGGGGCCCUCGUCCUGACCGCAGGCGCCAGAGGAGACUCCUCAGGGUCAUUGUCACUUUAGUGAUGGCUUUCUUCCUGUGCUGGCUGCCUCUGCAUGUUAAUAAGACUGUUUCCAUGCUGCUGGAGUUUGGUUUCGUCCCAUACUCCUGCUCUUUAGAUCAGCUUUUACUGGCUGCUCAGCCUUACGUCACCUGUUUAGCUUACCUCAACUCCUGCCUGAACCCUCUCCUGUACGCUGCCUGCGACCCGUCAUUCAGGAAGAGAUGCAGAGGAGCUCUUCUCACAUUGUGCAGGACGAGCAGGAGAGGAGGAGGAGAGCAAAGGGAGGGAGAGAAGGAUGAAAGAGAUGAAGAGAGAGAGGAGAGGAGCUCGGCUUUUCCCACAAGAACACAAGAGGAAACAGCAGAUAGGACAGAGGAGGGCGAGGAGGGGAGGGUGGGAUGA